AUGUAUGGUGAGGUUGUUCAUAUCACAGUGGUGACCGCAGGAUACACCAGAGUAGGUUCAUCUCGUGGUCAGUAUCAAUGUUACCCCAGUGACCCAGAUACAGAUGCUACACUGUCAUUUCGUCGAUCGGCACCCAUAACAACAGACAGAUCACCACCAGAAGAUGUGAUUCAUACAGGAGCUGGCAGUGCAUUCAUCAGAAAGGUCGUAUUCCCUACUGGAGAUGGAUGGGAUAGAGAUGGUUUCGGACCUUUCUACUCUAAAUUCACAUCGAGUGAUGGAUGGUUUACAAAGACAGUGAAUGUGAAUGAGACCGGAGUGAUGAUCAGCAUGACUAGUCGUUAUAGUCCUGAUGCGAGUGGCAGUAUGAUUACUUGGAUGAAAGAUGGAAGUGAGGUUCUUACAUCAUUUGAUGGGCAGACUGAGAUCAGCUUCCCAAACCCAAUCCAGACAUCAGACCAAGGAAUCUAUGAGAUCUACUAUGAUAACGAGAGGAGUCUAAAUAGAGGAGGAAUAUACAGACUCAUCGUCAGAGAAUGCCCUGCUGGUAAGUGGGGUCCCCCUGAGUGUUAUGGUAUCUGUGAUAAAUGCUACAAUGGUGGAGUCUGUGAUGACAAGUCUGGUCUAUGUAUCUGUCCUAACAACUUCAAGGGACCGAAUUGUUUAGAAAUUUGUAGAAAUGGUGGUGGAAAUCGAUACGGAUUGAACUGCGAGUUUCGAUGUACAAAUAGUGCCAGUGAUCCUGUCGCACACUGUCAUGGGUAUCUUUUUUGCCUACCUGAUCCUUAUGGAUGUUCAUGUGACGUCGGUGCCUAUGGUCUAUCAUGUAACACACGUAAGUCUUCAAUAUUCUAUUAA